AUGAUCAUUCCUGUACGAUGCUUCUCUUGUGGUAAAGUUAUCGGGAAUAAAUGGGAAACAUAUCAAACCAUGCUUGAGAGUGACUAUAACGAAGGCGAUGGACGCGAUCGGACUUCGGAGGUAUUGCUGUCGACAAAAUAUCAAAAAAUAACAGCUCAAGAAAGAAGUCGUGAGCAAUUCAGAGCCCAAUUUCGUCAACAGCCUGGAGGUCCUUUACCGACUAAAGGAUCUGGUUCAAGAUCGCCUGCAAGGACUGGUUAA